ACGUCAACCGAGGCUACAGGCCAGGAAUAGUCUUGGAACAUGUCCAGGUCCUUGUCUGCUUUUCGAAAAGAGGCCAGCUUCAAUCGUUUUCACGGUCGUUUCCUUAACGUUUGCGUCGACCUCCCACGCGAUGACAGAUUUCACGGACAACCUCAAGCCGCGCUAUGAUGGCGCAGCUAUCCUGGAAGCCGAGCGCAGCGCUUCGGUCUUGGGCAUAGACGAGCUGUCGAAGCAUCUCCUCUCGCGCGAUGAUUUCCUCGGACGUCAGGAGAAAGUCCUCAAGGUGCUGCGAAAGGAGAAGCUGUUCAACAAGGACCAGCAAUUGAAUCUCUCGCGGCCAGAGCGGUAUCACCUAGGGCUCGCGCGAGCCAAAGCAAUCCGGCGGCUGGUGCGGCGAGAGGCCUGGGAUCAUGAGGAUUACAAGAUGGCUGAGUAUCUCAAUGACGAAAUGAGCCCGUUCCACCUCCACAUGACCAUGUUCGUGACGACGAUACGCGAGCAAGGUUCGCCGGCCCAAAACAAAUCCUGGAUGCCGCGCAUCCUCGACUACGACAUAAUCGGGUGCUAUGCGCAGAGCGAGCUCGGCCACGGGAGCAACGUAAAAGGCCUCGAGACGGAAGCCAGAUGGGACCCAGUGGCUCAAGAGUUCGAGAUCCACAGCCCGCAUUUGACUGCGAGUAAAUGGUGGAACGGCGGCAUGGGGAGGACUGCCACGCACGCCAUCGUCGUUGCGCAGCUCCUCCUGCCGAAGAGUAGUACAGCCCAGCCCAGCACUACCGAUUCCGAGAAUCCUUCGAGAUCUCAUACUACCUCCGAAUACGUCCCUUACGGCCCGCAAACGUUCAUCGUGCAGAUCCGGGACAAGAAGUCACAUCAGCCGAUGCAGGGUAUUGCCGUAGGUGACAUCGGGCCGAAGUACGGAUAUGCUAGCAUGGACAAUGGAUACAUGCUCUUUGACCGUGUUCGGGUGCCCAAGUCGGCCAUGUUGUCGCGGUAUGCAGAGGUCUCGGAUGAGACGGGCGCGUUGAUACGGCGGGGUCACCCAGCCGUGGUCUACGGGAGCUUGACCUUUGUACGAGGGCAGAUUAUCAUGCAUGCAAGGCAUGUGACUCCUUUUUCUGAUAUGAACUGGUUGGUCUUGGCUCGGGCCGUGACGGUCGCUGUUCGAUAUUGUGCCGUGCGGCGGCAGUUCCAGGACCGCGAUGGUGUCGCCCCCACGCACUCUCGCCCACAGGACGAAGUGCAAGUUCUCGACUAUCCGACCGUUCAAAUCCGGAUCCUGCCGUUGCUAGCGGCCACCUUUGCACUGCAUUAUACGGGCGAGUAUAUGUACAAUCUUUAUCACCAGAGCAGGAGGACCAUCGAGGAGGGGGAUUUCGGACCGUUGGCCGCGUUGCACAGUGCCAGUAGCGGGCUGAAGAGUCUGUGCACUACAAUAGCGGCUGAUGGGAUUGAGACGUGUCGACGGGCUAUGGGCGGGCAUGGUUUUGGUGGCGGCAGCGGAUUGGUGGGAUUGAACGCUGAUUACCUGUCCAAGCCGACCGUCGAGGGUGACAACUGGAUGAUCACACAGCAGGUCGCCGCGUACCUGAUCAAGAAGACGACGGAGUGCGUGCAGAACGUGGCGAGUGCAACCCAAGACCCCACGGAGGAGCUGCUGAAGGAUUACCUCCGUGGUCGUGCGCAGCACACGCCACCGUCGUUUCUCGCCGCAGACGGAUCAAUCGAUGAUGACGCACUCGUCCAGAUCUUCCGGUGGCGCGCCGCAGCCCUUGCGUACGCAGCGUAUCAGGCUCGCGUGGAAGAGAAGAAACCUUGGACCAGCCUGAUGAUCCAGCUACACAACCUGUCCCACGCCUACUCUUACCACAUCCUCGUCUCGACCUUCCGCACCGCCCUCUCCUCAUCCUCCGUGACCUCCCUUUCCAAUCCCACACCCUCUGUGCUCCGCACGUGCUUCCGCUUGUUCGCCCUUCACACGCUUUCCCAAUCCGCAUCCUCCUUCCUACUCACUUCUUCCAUCUCCGCGUCAGACUUGCAAGUGCUGGACGCCAAAAUCCUGGAAGUGAUGGGAGAGCUGCGCCCACAUGCGGUGAAGUUGGUGGAUGCUUGGGCUGUGCCGGAUUGGUUGUUGGACAGUGCUUUGGGAAGAUACGAUGGAAAGGUGUACGAGGACUUGUUUGAGCGGGCGCAUCGGAAGAAUCCUUUAAAUAGGACGACGUUCAAUGUGGACUGGCGGAGCGAGGAAGUGGUACUGGGUAGUGGAGACGGGGGAAGACAGCUGCUAGCGAAGUUAUGAAGAUGUUGAGAUCGCUAUGAAUUUAGAGAGGCCGAGGAAGCUAGGUAGUGGAAAC